GUUCCCCCGUUUCUUUGUCUGGUCUUUGACGUCGUGUGCGUGUGGGUUGCAAGUUGUUCAUUACCUCAACAUGCCCUCUCCACAAACAACGCAUCUGGCGGAACCUGAACCGAAUUCGUCCUUGGUGACGGCUACCGCCCCUCUGUCUACUGGAUCACGAACUAUCACAGUCCAAGAAGAGCAACUACUCCAACAACCAUCGACGCAAAUACCGAAUGCAGGAACACUCUUACUCCGAGGCGGAAACCUCAGUGAACGACGAGUUCAGUGGGAUGAAAAUGUUGUGAACAAUGAGGGAAUGGGCCGCAAAAGCAGCAAAGUCUGCUGCAUAUAUCGCAAGCCACACAGUAUAGACGAGUCGUCAGACUCGGAAUCAUCGUCAGGAUCAGAAUCAGAUGACGACCCUAGCAAGCCCAAUGCAUACGAAAGAGAACCAAGAUCUGUUCGAAAGCGCAGGCAAGAGAAAGGAAAAUCACGCGCUCACAUACACAACGCAAGCUGUGCGCACUAGCAGGGCUGGCACUUUUAGUGUAGAGGUGACAGAAACUGGCACUAGCUACUACACCAGGGAAUAAACCAGCGACAACUGGUUCGGAAAAGCCAAGUAAUUCCCUCCUUACAACCAACCAACUACCACUAGGCCCAAUUACACAUGCAAUACAUUACGGUUGUUCUAACCGGGUAACUAAGCCCACCACAUGAGAGAAAUCCUACUAAGCCCUUGAUUCCGAAAUUCUUUAGUCGGAGGAUGUUCAGAUACUAAGGUAGAUCAGAAUUAGACUCGGAAUAUGCAUGGGAAAAUACAAAGACAAUGCAUACCUGCGAUCGUAGCAAUAUAGUAGUAGCAGCGUU